GGUGACGGCGGAGGAAGAUGGCGGACGGGCCGGCGGCGGCGGCGGCGGCGGGCGACGAGAAAGCGGAGAAGGCGCAGCGCGCGGGAGCCGCCGGAGGACCUGAAGAAGAGGCAGAAAAACCUGUGAAAACUAAGACUGUUUCUUCCAGUAAUGGAGGGGAAAGUUCGAGUCGCAGCACAGAAAAGCGAUCUGCUGAAGAAGAAGCCGAAGACUUUUCAACAAAGCCUGCAAAAAUCUCCAAGUUUGGAUUUGCCAUAGGUAGUCAGACGACAAAGAAAGCACCGGUCAUAUCCAUCAAACUUGGAGCAAGCAAGCCUAAAGAACCCGUUCCAACUCUUGCUCCAAAAACUCUAUCAGUAGCAGCAGUUUUCAACGAAGACGAUGAUAGUGAACCAGAGGAAAUGCCUCCAGAAGCCAAGAUGCGCAUGAAGAACAUUGGAAGGGACACCCCGACAUCGGCAGGACCAAACUCCUUCAACAAAGGAAAGCAUGGAUUUUCUGACAACCAGAAGCUCUGGGAACGAAAUAUCAAAUCUCACCUUGGGAAUGUCCACGACCAAGACGAUGACUAAACGAUGCGUUCGGAGGUUGGGGUGUGGGGGACGGGUGUGAUGUUCAAGGAACCGUUUCCUUUUUUUUUUUUUUUUUUUUUUAAAGAAUGGUAUGAGACUAUCUUUGGAGCCACUUUUUUUUAAAAAAAAGAUGGAGUGGUACACUAAUAAACGAGAGUUUGAAAUUAGAGGUAAUUUAUGUUUUAUAUACAGAUCUCGACAUUUGCUAAUUUUGUAGUUUCAUGUGAUUAGUUUGAAAAGGUUACAGCUAAUAAAGAAAUCAGAAGUGGUACCUUUUUAAGAAUCGAUUAUUUUUUUAGUCACAUCGAUUAGCACGUUGAGGGGGACGGAGAAAGGUUACUGUCUCUCAGCAAGUUCAGACCGAAGGCGUACAUCCCUUUGAACGGGCUUUUUAACUCCCCCUUUAGACUAGGCAAAUGGCUCCCAAGAACAGCCUUAAAAAGAGAGGAGAAGCUGCACCGGGAGGGGAGCGUACCGAGGCUCUUGUUUGGAAAAUCCCUGAGACAGAUGAAAAAUCUGCCUUUCCGGCCCCUCCCCGCCACAUGCGCUUUCAGUUGUUUUAAUGGUUUUAAAAACUAGCGAUUACAUUGCUGUCAGUGGCUUAGAGAAGCUUAGCUCUUACACAGAAGACCCCGCGACCUAUUUGAAACUCUCGGUAAAGUGCUGAAUAUCUGAUAAGGUUUAUUUCACCCCAUUAAAUGGGGUUCGGUCUACUUCGUUUUAGUCUUCGGAGAACAUUACAGAGUAAGCUAGUAUCUUCAUUGUGCUCCUUAAUGCUUGGUAUUAACUAGCGCCCGGUAGCGACUUCACUCGAUCUGAGGCAGACGAGCAAGGAAGCCGGUGUAUCUUUAGAAUAGAAGGCCCCACCACAAAUAAUUCAGCUGUGUAUAUGGCACAGACAUCAUUUGGUUUAGUUUUGCUUCCAAGAGGGAUAAAAGCCACAUCGACCCCUCCCCCGGUACUUUGUUACUCAUAGGGACUGUUAAUGGGCACGUCCCCCCCAUAAACUUUUAAAUUUCUGAUGGGUUUGGUGGAGAGAGGCCGUGCCUGCCCCUAUUUCUGGAUGAAGAUGCGAAGGUCAGAUCUGAAGUUAGUCAAUUUCAGUAUUGACUCCCGCCCCCUUUUGCAGCCCGUUUCAGGUAUUCCAAACAGCAAGAUGGGGGGGGAAGAGCGCAUCUUUGAUCUCUAGCGAAGAGCCGACCGCUUAGGCUUUGAGUUUGUAAGUUCCAAAAUAUUUUUUUUUCUGUAUUUUUGUAUCGUAUGUGUAAUCUUUAUUUUCUUUUGAAACAUGAUGCAGUUGGAUCACCUGUACCAGUCUGUUACGAGCUUUGUCAGAAACCUAACAGAUGUACGUUUUCUUUAAGAUCUCAGCGCUGAAUCCGAAGGCGGUUUCAGACUAUUCCGCGGGUGACGGAGAUGCCCGCCGAGUUAGAUUAGGUCGCCGUUCCGGAGAAGCAGCCCGGCUCGCCGUAUAUUCCCACCCUCUGUCCAACUCGCGUUUAUGUUUAGAAUAAGCCCCAAGUAAAGCGAUGGAAGUGGAUCUACAACUACUAGUUCUCAUUUAUGUCAUUUCUUUUCACCCGUGCUCUGUGGGCAACCUGAUUCUGUCUACUGCGGUUAAAAGUUUCUGUAACCGAGAGGGGCGAGAGGUGACCGGGACGAGCGUCUUUACUAAAACAUCAAUAAACUUUGGUCAAAUAAAA